UAGGCUGCUAAUAAUCACCAUCCUCUGAUAAGGAUCUCACCACAGCUUAUCCGGCUGGCUUAUCCACUCCCCCACUAUAUCACACCCGACAUACACUUCUUCUUCCACAACAACACCAACAACUUCCCGUAGGAUUAAUACAAUCACAUUUUUCUUAUUUUUAUCGAGAUUUAUUGGUACAACAACUCCUUCUCUGUCAGUUGACGGGAAUAGACGAGGAAGAGUGGACGCACUUUUUAGGAACACUUACCUGUGACUAGCACACAUUUCCAAUUUUUGAAAUUUUGACUCCUCUCAGUUUUUACGAGCUAUUUUAGUCCCAGACAAGUUCAAGAUUCGCCAUUUCCGAGGAGAAGAAAACUGAACAACAAACAGCAGAAACAAAGCUCGUCGGACCAUAUUUGCCGACUGGUAAUUAAUUCAAGCUGAAGGCGGAAAACAAAAGAAUGAUUGAGCGUGGAAUAAGUUCGUCCCCCUCAAUGUCCGGAGACGCUUCAUCUCCAAUUGGCGGCGACCUCUUGGGCCAUUCCCCUUUCAACCCCAACGGAACCAAUAACAACUCUGUGACCACUCUCAUACACCAAACCUCCAUGGACAGCAACGGCCAGAGUCAGAGCAGUGAAUCGGAAAAUUUGUUCGUACACUCAUCAUCGUCUCCUGGAGCACAUUCGGACCAUUCCUCCGUAUCAGACUCUCACUUCAAAUCCGUAGAGGAUUUAACUAACCCUCAAGACGAGGCAGUCCUGAUUUUACCCAAUAUUCACAAGUUGUCAAAUAAUAAUCACCACCAAUCAAUCAGUCUGCUGCACCACAACUCUUCGGGGCAUCAUAAUCUACACCACCACCACCAGCGUCAAUUGAGUCUAUCCCCAGAGGUCGACGUGGGGAACGGAUCCGGGGGGUCCGUCGGAAUGUCGGAAUAUCGCCAGGUGAUUUCAAAUCACCAUCAACAUAUCAACCACCACCACCACACCCACCAAGUCAUCAACGGUCAAAUGAUGAACAUGGACCACUCUGAAUGUUCCGAGUCUUCUGACUCCAAUUCCUCCAUUUCAAAUGACCCCUUGACUAUGGAUGGGAUGGAACAGAAUGGAGUCUCAAUUUCCCACAUUCAUCCCAGUGUCAUUGUUGAAUCUCGUAGUGUGGAUCACCAUCAUUCUUCGUCUUCUUCUUCCAACAAUGGGAACUGCCUCCACAACGGGCACAACUCGUCCACACCAUCUCACUUUCACUCAGCAGCCAUGUCUCGAACCAGCAGCAUUUUGCAGUACUUGAUUAACGAUCAAGAAAAUAAUCACCACCAAGACCAUGAGGAGCAUGGGGUUCACGGGAGCGACGAGGGAAUUGGUUCCCGACAUCAACAAGAUUACAUUGACCAGAAACCAAGCAUCUUAGAUUUGCCCGAAUCUCAUCAUGUCAAUCAUCCAAACAAUGCUCACGCGCAUAACAAUGGGAGUACAAAUACCAAUGGGAAUAGUAAUAAUAACCACAACCACAGCCACUCCUCCUCCAAUGGGGACCACCACCAUGGAAUAGUCUCACCUAGCAGCAGAGCAGAGGACUCGAUCCCAAGCUACUCUCCGCUGGACCAUGGAGCUUAUUCUAACCCCUUCUUUCACGGUUAUAUGCCACAUCAAUCAGAAAUUGGAUCGUCUUGGUCAAUGCCAGGAUUAGAUGCAGAAAGCUACAACAAAUCAUCUCAAUCCAACUUUCUUCCGCACCAACAAUCUAAAUUACCUGCUUUUAUUCAUGCAGCUCCAAGGAAUCUUCACCCUUGUGGACCUCAGUACUACACUGACCUUCCCUAUUUUGACUUUGGAGUUGCUGGAAACUCGCCAUCCAGUUUUUCCAACGGAUCAAGUCCAUUGAGUUACAACAAUCAAUCCCUAACCAGCAUUAUUUCACAACCAACACGAAUCAAUGGGAAAUCUCAAACCAUGAACGUGUCAGAUUAUAUUGACGGGGAAUACGACUGGUGCGGGCAAGAGUCAAGGGAUCUAAAUGAGGCACGAGAAUGUGUAAACUGUGGUUCGAUAUCAACGCCUCUCUGGCGUCGCGACGGCACUGGCCACUAUCUUUGUAAUGCGUGUGGCCUAUAUCACAAAAUGAAUGGUAUAAACAGACCACUGAUCAAACAACCUAAAAGGAUUAAUGCAAAUAGACGCGUCGGACUCCUGUGCAGCAAUUGUCAAACGGACAAGACUUCUUUGUGGAGACGGAAUGCAAGCGGUGAACCAGUUUGCAAUGCUUGUGGACUUUAUUUCAAGCUGCACGGCAUUGCCAGACCUCGGGCGAUGAAAAAAGAUAACAUACAAACUCGAAAACGGAAGCCGAAAGUUAGUCAAAGCCAAACCAACAACAGUAACAGCAAAGGUGGACACCAGAAUCAUCAUAACAAUAAUAAUAAUCAUCACCCAGUGGUAUCGUCUGCUGGUAACGCAAUGCUCAAAAGUGUGCUAACUUCUGGCCCAGCACAGCAUUUAGUCUUGAUGAAUAAGUCUUCUGCACUACCGGAUGUGUACCGAUCUCAAUAUCCCGUUUCCUAAACAAGUACAAGUUGACAAUUUCCAUGCAUCCUGUCCAGUGGUCAUCAUCGUCAUCACAAGUGACACACAGAUAGAUGCUCCAUAAAUGAUCAUCAUUAUCAUGCUCCAAAUAAACUUAGUUCUUUUAGCUGCCUAAAGUGUUUGUUAUUAUUAGUUUGUUAAGUAGAAUAGCGUAGACUAGAUAUACACAUAUAUUGUUUUAUCGUUAAAAAUUGUAAAAGUUAUAAGAUCUGAAAAUUAUUUACGUAAUACUGAAAUGCACAACUUUUAUCAGUAUGACACUUUUGUUUGUUACAGCUACAUAGAUAAUAUUACGAUAUAACGACAAAGGGUGAAAGUAUUUUGGUGAGAUAUUUUUAGUUUAAAACUUCGUGACGCCAGUCAUCGUACACUGCUGAGUCGAGUACCCACAUAGUCCACUCUUGUAAAUAAAAUAAAAUAUCAAUAAUUUCAGUUCAUACACUAAUAAUUAGUCCAUCCAUUAGUAUGUAAGAACUAAGGCAAUCAGUUUAUAAUAACGAUUUCUAGAGUUGCAACUACUAUAGAGUUAAAUAAAUGCAUUUAAAUUGCAUUUUAUGAAAUUUUGCAAUUCAGCGUUAAUGGCUUACAAUGACUGCAGAUUCUUUAUUGUUAUUAUUAUUAUCAUUAUUAUUUAUGCUUUAGUUUAAUUCCAUGUCUCUAUAUGUGUACAUGUGUAAGUAUGUAUGUACGUCGAGCCAGCUCUUCGAUUACAUCUCCACACCUACAAUCUUUUUGAACUAUUCGUUAUUGCUAUAUGUACUUAUGAAUAUUUGACCACUACAGAUGUUGUUGUGGAUUGUAAGAAUAAAACGUUCCACGUCUCGGAAUAAUUCCAUCCCUAAA